UCGAGCGCGAGAGAAGCUAAAGAGAGGCGAAGAGAUCGUGUUUUUGUUUUCUGGCCAGUUUGGACCUCAUUUAAAGUGUUUCGGUAUGAAGCGCGCUGUGACGGCGGACCAGAUCGCGGAGUGGUUCACUCUCGGAGCUCAGUUCGCUAAUGUCAGAAUCACCGAGGAACCGAGAAGAGAUAAAACACACACACACGGAGAGGAGGAAGAGAAGAGCCACACGGUUUCAGAGAAGGAGGGAUUGGAAGAAGGAGACGAGAGGAACAGGAAGUCUGAUCUUCUCUCUGGCACCGGGGUCAUUCCUGCUCCUCCUGCCAGCUAUGAGUAUCCAACACUCCCCAUCACCAAGAACCGGCAGGAGCUGAUCUCCCUGAUCGAGAGUAACUCUGUGGUGAUAAUCCGGGGGGCAACAGGCAGUGGGAAAACGACCCAGAUUCCCCAGUUUAUUCUGGAUUACUACGCAGAGAAGGGCGCCACCUGCAGCCUGGUGGUCACGCAGCCACGCAAGAUCGGAGCCAGCAGCAUCGCCCGCUGGAUCGCCCAACAGCGCAGGUGUACACUCGGCAGCCUGGUGGGGUAUCAGGUGGGGUUGGAGAAGAUGGCCACAGAACACACUCGGCUGAUCUACAUGACCACAGGAGUGCUGUUGCAGAAACUUGUAUCAGCCAAGAGCCUUGUCGAGUUCACACACAUCUUUAUAGAUGAGGUGCAUGAGCGAACAGAGGAGCUGGACUUCCUUCUGCUGGUGGUCAGAAAACUGCUGCGGUCCAACUCACGCUUUGUUAAGGUGAUCCUGAUGUCAGCUACGAUUAACUGCACGGAGUUUGCGGAAUACUUUGGUACUCCUUUUAGGAACCAGCUAAACCCAGCGUAUGUGUUUGAGGUGGAGGGAGCGCCAUACAUGGUGGAGGAGUUUUACCUGGAUGACCUCACAACCAUCCUGCCCUUCAGAGUGGACAUGUCCUUCCCUGGUGAUCCCUACAUAACAGCGGAGAUGUAUAAUGUUGCAGUGAGCCUCAUCCAGAACUUUGAUGAGAUGGAGACUAAACAUCAAAGUGGUUUUGAACAGGACGGUCGUACAUCUCUCCCCGAGAGGGGCAGUGUUCUGGUGUUUCUGCCUGGACUCGCCGAGAUUCAGUACAUGCAAGAAGCUCUCGCUAAACUUGUCCGCAAAAGGUUGCAGGUGUAUCCUCUUCACUCCACAGUCACUCUGGAGGAGCAGAAUGGGGUGUUUUUGGUACCUGCACCUGGCUAUAGGAAGAUAAUCCUGUCCACCAACAUUGCGGAGAGUUCAGUCACAGUUCCUGAUGUUAAAUAUGUGAUCGACUUCUGCUUGGUGCGUCACCUGGUAUGUGACAAAGAGACAAACUACCAGUCUCUCCACCUUACCUGGGCUUCCAAGACCAACUGUAACCAGCGACGAGGUCGAGCAGGUCGUGUGUCUAAAGGGUUUUGCUAUCGCUUGGUCACCCGAACUUUUUGGAAUGACGAGAUUCCAGAGUACACCAUUCCUGAGAUGCUGCAUUCUCCUUUAGCUAAUACUGUAUUAAAAGUGAAGUUGUUGGAUAUGGGUGAUCCGUGCUCUCUGCUCUCCACGGCGCUCACACCUCCAAACCUGGAUGACAUUGAGAGGACCAUCCUGCAGCUCAAAGAGAUAGGUGCUCUCUCGGUGUCUAGCAGCAGUAUGAACAGGUUUGAUGGUGAGUUAACAUUUCUGGGCCGGGUUCUCGCUCACCUCCCUGUGGAUCUGCACUUUGGGAAGCUCAUUGUCUUAGGACACGUCUUCGGCUGUCUGGAGGAGUGUCUCAUCAUCGCUGCCUCUCUCUCUUUGAAGAGUUUUUUUGCAAUGCCGUCCCUGCAGCAGCUUCCAGGUUACCGGAGUAAGCUGUCAUUUGCUCAGGGUGUGCCCAGUGACCUCAUUGCAUUUGUUAAUGUCUUCAAGGCCUGGUACAUCUCCAGAGUCAAAGGAGAACUUAGACGCCCAAAGGAUGAGCUGGAAUGGGGCAAAGAGAACUGCAUUCAGAUCAAACGGAUACGAGAGGUGGCCGAGUUGUUUGAAGAUCUGAAGAAUCGAGUGUCACAGUUCAACAUGCACAUCAGUGAAACAUCCUCUCCCUCAGACUACACCAGCACACACACGCAGAAAUUCAUACUGCAGGUGGCAAUCGCAGGCGCAUUUUAUCCAAAUUACUUCCUCCAGGGAAGUGUGGACGAGGAGCUCGCUUCAAAGGAACUCUUCGGGAAUGACCCCAGGACCACUGUACUGGUUCGUAAUCUCCCCCCAUUUGCAUUCCUCUACUAUAAACAGCUCCAGUCUCUCUUCAGACAGUGUGGUCAAGUCAAAUCCAUCACCUUUGAUUGCUCCAGGGCCUAUGUUGAGUUCUACCGCUCGUCACUGAGAGGUUCUGGCAUUCUCCCGGAGGUCUCUCUGUCUCUCCUCCUCACUCUGCAGAGACAUCCUCUCUAUCUCCACGUUCAUGCUGCUGAAGAGGUGGAGACUCGUGCAGGGGGUCAGAGUAUCUCGCACCUCAAAUAUGCACGGGUGAAUGUAGAUUUUCAGAAUCAGACUGUGAGCCCUGUUGGAGGUCUGAUCAGCUCCAUCGAUCCAGAAAAACUUCCAUCUAAUCCUGUCUUCAUUGUCAAUAUCACAGAGGUCAUUGAAGUGGGGCAUUUCUGGGGUUUCCAGUCUGACGAGGCGAGUCUGGAGAAACAGCGGCGGCUGACCGCAGCCAUUAAUUCGCAGGAGCUCUUCCAACUUUCUGUGGCGAUUUAUCCAAACCUUCUGUGUCUCGCCCCUUUUUCUGACACACAUACUGAACCGGGAAACUAUUACAGAGCCAAAAUACUGCACAUUCUUGGGAGUAAUGUGGAGGUGCUCUUUGUGGACUUUGGAAACAUGUCCAAGGUGUCGUGUAAUUCUCUGAGGGAACUUCCAGUUGACCUGCAAGCUCUUCCCUUUCAGGCUCAGGAGUUCAGUGUGGCGUGUUUGGCUCCAUCAGCACAGUCGAUGAUUCUGGGCAAUCAUUGGAGCAGUCGAGCUCGAAACCGCUUCAUCACACUUGUGCAUGGCCGUUUGGUCAUGGUCACACUCUACUCCAUCCUGCAUGGCAUUAUGCGUGUCCAUCUGCAUGUCUCUAUGGAAUCGGGGGACAUCAGCGUAGCAGACUUGCUCGUGCAAGAAGGCCAUGCUCGACUCAUACCCGAGAGCUUCGAAAGCAAGCAGUCUCAUGAGAUUCUGACAGCUCUGUAUCAGGACCUGAAUGCAGGAACGUUCACCCCGAGCUCCACCAGUAGUGCCUGGAAAAAACGCAAAGAGGAAGAGAAGCGGCUGAUCAACGGUCUGCUGCUGACCUUCUCUAAACCCAGACACAACACCCCCAAGUGCAAGGUUCCAGUUCACGGCCCUUACACUCCUCAUAAGGUGACAUUUCACAGCAUGAGCAGCACUGCACACUUCAGGUCAGUUGCUAUCGACAAAAACAGCAUUAACUCUGUGUUGGUGAACGAUCAUCCUCACGACCAUCAUGACAGGAUGCUGGUGGCUGGGUCUGUCUCUCUGAGUGCCUCAGGUGUAUGUAUUUUGCUAAAAGAUACUACUCUGAUGCCUCACAUCCCUGGCCUUCCUGCCAUUAUCACCAUGCUCUUCACCCCCAUCAUGGAGCUACGCACUGAUGAGGAGCGAACCUGCUUCACUGGAGCUCUGUGUGGUUUGGGCUCCAAGUCCAGCACUCAUGAUCCCAUUCUGCCAGAGCACGACAUUGAGAUGGCCUUCGAUGUGAAGUUUGAUGUUGAUGACAUUGCAGAGAUAAAUGCACUGAGAGGGACGAUGAACCGGUUGGUGUGUGAGGGUCCACACGGUCUCCUCCAUAUUGACCCGGAGAGAAUCCACUCACUGCAGGAUGAUGCUCGAGAUCGACUCCUCAGGCUGUUUUGUAAAACUCCCCACAGAGAAGACCAGACCCCAGUUUAUUACGACAAACCCAAACACUGGAACCAGGUGGACCCCUCCCAGCAGAUGGAGGUUGUGCAGAAGAAUGACAGCAGAAUUAAAAGUGUUUUGUUCCGGAUGCACCCCAUAACUCUGCUGAACAUGUGAGAAUUUGUGUUAUAAAAAUGUAAGCGUUCUUAUUUUGCUGUAGAAUAGCAGCGGUCAGUUGUUUUAGAUCUUCUUUUCUUUUCUUUCUUUUUUUUUUUUCAAACUAUGUUGGUCUGCAGUUGUUGCUCCUGUCCACUAGAUGGCACUUUGUUGGUCAAUAAAUAACCGAGUUUAUUAUGCAUU